AGCACUUAUAUGCAAGUAUAAAUCAUUUGUAAAGUGUCUGUAAAGAGCCCACAAGAAGGGUUAACAUGUUGUGGGAGGUUUCACACCAACUCAAGUGCUUUCAGCAGAUAGUUUCAUUAGAUCAGACUUUUCAGAAAAUGCUUCAUGUGUUUGCUUUAUGUUUGUGCUGGUGGUGUCUAACUGGUGUGUUUGGUGAAUCAGUGUCUGUGAUGGAGGGAGAUUCUGUCACUUUAAAUACGGAUGUUACUGAAAUAUAUGAAGGUGAUGACAUUCUGUGGAAAUAUGGAGCGGAAACAUCGGUCAUAGCUAAAAUUAAAAAAAGAAGAAAAUCUUCUCCACAUGAGAUUCAUGAUGGGAGAUUUAGAGACAGACUGAAGCUGGACAGUAAAACUGGAUCUCUGACCAUCACAAACAUCACAACUGAACAUGCUGGAGUUUAUAAACUAGAGAUAAGUGGAGCGAGUCUGACAUCGAAAACAUUCAAUGUUUCCGUCUAUGCUCGUCUGCCUGUUCCAGUCAUCAUCAGUAACUUUUCACAGUGUUUAUUAUCAUCACAGCAGAACUGUUCAUUGUUGUGUUCAGUGGUGAAUGUGAGUGAUGUGAGUCUCUCCUGGUACAAAGGAAACAGUUUAUUGUCCAGCAUCAGUGUGUCUGAUCUCAGCAUCAGUCUCUCUCUACCUCUGGAGGUGGAAUAUCAGGAUAAAAACACCUACAGCUGUGUGAUCAACAAUCCCAUCAGCAACCAGACCACACAUCUGGACAUCAUUCAAAUCUGUCACACAUGUUCAGACUCUGUAUCUCUGAUAGUCCUGAUCUCCUCUGCUGCUUCUGCUGUCUCUCUGUUGAUUAUAGUUGCAGUAACGAUCUGCUACAUCUGCAGGAAAUGUAAAAAACCAGUCCGGACCCAGGAGAAAAACAGAACUGAUUCAGCAUUGUGUAAAACAACAACACGAAAAAUGGAAUCAAAGAAGGAGCCUGUUUAUGCAAAUGUCACCAAAAAACGAUGAUUAACUACAACAGAAUUCACUGGAGGGCCUUUUUGUUCAUAUUUAUUAUUUAUUCUCUUUUAUUAUUAUUUAAUUCUACUUCAAGUUUAAAUAAACAAAGCAUGUAUUUCUAACAGCCAAACUGCAGCUUUAAAUGAUCAAAUACCACCGGUUAAUUUAGUGGUUCACAAAUAGUAGGCCUACUCGAAAUAUAGAACAUUCAGAAAUGUAAAUGUAUGUUUUAUAUUUAGCAUGGAAAUUUACUAACUUUAU